AUGGACCCGCAUCGCGAGUCACAGACGGCUCCCUUCUACGCAGUCCCGGCGCGGCGCCUCGUCAGUCUCGAGCAUCCAGCCGUGAUCCGCAACCUGGACAAAGCCAUUGAUACCCUGAAGGGAGAUACAGGGAUCAAGAAGAUCCUUAAUCCGACCAAAGCAGAUACACCAGCCAGCCUAAUCCUGCGGCCCGAGGAUGCCAUGGCACGGCCAAUCCAGUCGACAAGUUCAGCGUCGAACAACAUCUUGCUGAAAGUCACUGUUCCUAAACGGACAGGUCGUAAGCGCAAGCGGGGUUCUGAUGAGCCAUUCGCAGACGCAGGGCCGAAUGGUGCUGCCGACGAAAAUGACCUGCCCCGGCGACACAGUGCAAGAGAUUUACUUCGCUCUCUUCGCGAUAAUGUCUCGAGCUACGACGUGCAGCCAGUAGGUCGUAUUGAACGAACCCAUGUAUUUCGAGGAAUGCCGGAUUUCGUGUACUCGACAACAGCAAGCUCUUUCACGAACCGGUUCCGGGAGCAGAUUCUACCAUAUGAUUGUAAGAACACUGGUUACUCAACUGAAUCAAGAGCUAAGCCCCUUCCAGUGGACAAACUGAAGCAAUUCGACAUCGACAUGAGUAAAGGGGCCCUCCGGGACGUGGAUAUCAUCCCACCACCCUCCUUCAGCAGCGGAGAUGUUCCAUUUCCUUACAUUUACCGUCAAAACCCUACCGUCAAAAUAUCCGUCGGCCAGUCCGGCGAGCUCACGACAGUGAACACACAGCAACCCGCCAAGAUCGCCACCCAUCUGGUCUCCUACGACGCGGAAGCGGUCCCAACGAUGCCACAUGAGGGCUGUCCUCCCCUGAGUACCCUCGACAGCACCUUACGCAACACAAUCAGCGCCCUCAGAGAACUCUUCAACCAACGACCCGCCUGGACCCGGCGCGCGCUACGCAACUUCCUCACAACCGACGAGCAACGCACCACUCUCCGACAUGCAAUCCCCUACGUGGGCUAUAUCUUCCGCUCCGGGCCCUGGCGCGACGCCAUCAUCAAAUUCGGCGUCGACCCCCGCUCCUCCCCACAAUAUAGAGACUACCAAACCUUCAUGUUCCGCAUCCUGCCGCGCGACUCAGACGGCGCCCGCGACGGCGGCGGCGGUCGACGGCAUACCCUCCCACGCACAGAAGCGGGCGUCAACGCCGCGCUCUCAGGCACCCACAUCUUCACAGGCGAACCACCCCUCCCGCGCGACGGCCGCAUCUGGAUGGCCCGCGAUAUCCAGGAUCCGCAGCUCGCCGCAGUGCUCUACCCGCCCUCUCCCUCGGACACGUUCUUGCGGUCGACAUGCGAGACAAUCGGCGACGGCUGGUUUGGCAAUGGCACCAUCGCCAAAGUGAAGACUAUCAUGCGCGCGAAGAUUCAGGCGUUGAUUGAUGGUCACAAACCCGACGAUGCGGAAUUCCGCCGCGUGCUUGCAUUCCCGGACCAUGCGCGCUCCGAGGCUGACAUGGUGCAUUUCACACUCGAUUCGGACGUGCCGAGUCGCGAGAUGAUGCUUGCUACGGAGAUUCGGUCCGCGCUGAAGAGCGCGCCGGCGUGGAGGAAUAUGGCGGCGCCGACCGCCCCUUCUGUUGAGAAAGGGAAGGGGAAGGCUGUCGCAACGGGGCGGGGAACUCGGUCUAGGAAGAAGGAUGAGGAUGAAGUGGGCGAGGAGGAGACUGUACAGAGUGAGAGUGAGGGCGAGGAGGAAGAGAUUGAGCGUGCGGAAAUGCUCGAGGCGCAGGUUGCUGCUGCCGUGGCGAAUAGGGAUGCCAUGGAUGAAGAUGACGAUGGGAAGAUGGAUGAUGAUGAGGAUAGUAGUGCGGAGUGA